GCAUCGUCACGGGAAACGAGGGAAGCGUCCUUGGAGAUAAUGUUUACACUGUAACUUUAGCAUCUUUUUCCAGUCUGUGCAUAUCAGAUCAUUCUUUAAGGACGUAAAAGCAAUCGACAUUGCCUGUGGGGGUAAUGAGAAAUUAUUUAAAGUUUGGAAGGAACCAUGAAUCCAGCUGCUGUCAUAGGAGACCAGCUGAUCCUUGAGGAGGACUACGACGACAGCUUCAUACCCUCUCAACAAGAGAUCCAAGAGUAUGCAAGAGAGAUCGGCAUCGAUCCUGACAGGGAGCCAGAGCUGCUGUGGCUGGCCAGGGAGGGCAUUGUCGCACCCAUGCCUGCCGAGUGGAAGCCUUGCCAGGAUGUGACGGGGGACAUUUACUAUUUCAAUUUCACCACCGGCCAGUCCACCUGGGAUCACCCGUGCGACGAGCAUUACCGCCGCCUGGUGAACCAGGAGCGUGAGCGUGCUAAGCUCACAGCCGUCGCCGGGGGUGUAGGGGGUAAGAAGGACAAGAAAAAGAAGAAAGAAAAGAAGGAGAAGAAAGAGAAGAAGAAAAAAGAGCCACUGAAGACUCCAUCAGCGCUGAGUUCCUCCUUGGGGCCGUUGGCAUCCCCGCUCGCCAGCUUGGCUCCUCUAAGAGGUCGGGAUGGUCCUGGGAAUGUCCCUCUCUCUGGACCGGUUCCUUCUCUCCGUGGGUCCUUUGGCAGUUCUGGGGGCCUGGAACCCCUUAAGGCAUCCAUACAGGGACCUCAAAGCAGCGGGACAUCUAAUGUUUUAGGUACCAGGCAAGAGGAAAAGGUGUCCUUCACUUUGCCUGGUUUAGAUGAUGAUGACGACGAUGAUUAUGACGAAGACAAAAUCUCUUAUGAGCGGAGUCCUCAGGGUUCAGACCUGCUGAAGAACCUCCAUCUGGACCUGGAUGAUCUUGGAGGAGGUCUACGAUAUGAGGAGAGUGAAGCCAGUGGUGCAGCUGCAGCUGAGGAGAGGACGGAGCCAGAGCUGCAAGACUUGGCCCUGUCUGGAGACCACAGCCCCGAACCGCCUUCGCAAAAGGAGUCUGAGGUCAGUAAGAACGCCGAGGACCCGUCCUCCUCCUCGCAUCUCAAGCAGUCCCGGGAGGUUCAGGGUACUAAAGACCUGUCCGGCAGGACCAGUCCUCUGGAGAUGAAUGACGGAGAGGGAACACAAGGAGAAGAGGAGAACCAGGAUGGAGACGAGGAAAAGGCUGAGGCCAGCAACAGUGAAAUGCUGGAUAAAGAAAAAGAAGAGCCAUCAUUCCAGAAAGUUGAGCGGCUCGUCCUCCACGAGUCCAGUCCGUCACCCUCGCUCUCCAGCUCCUCGCGCUCAGACCGCGGCGUCUUCCAUCAUCACAGAGACAAAGGGAUCGGCGUGUCGCCGGGGCUGCAGAGACCCGAGACCUCAAGAGGACGACCCGUCCAGCGUUUAGACGAGCAACCGGACAAGCCUGAGCCCGCUUUACAAAAAGAAGGGAUCCAUCUGGGAGAAGAGGCCAGGUGGAGAAUCCAGAAGGAGAGGAAGAAAGAGCAGGAUGACGAGAGGAAGAGGGCAGAGGCAGAGGAGCGGAGUCUGAGAGAAAGAGAAGAGGAGAAGGUGAGGAGGGAGGCUGAACGAAAAAUGGAGGAGGAGAAGGAGCUUAUGUUGGAAGAAAAGGAGAAGAAGAUGCGUCUCCUCCAGGACGAACUGAGGAGAGAGGAAGAGGAAGAGGAAAGGAAACUUAGGGAAGAGAGUGAAGAAAGGCUGAGGGCUCUGCGGCAGCGUCUCAUGUCAGAGAGGACGGAGGAGGAGACUCGGCUGAAUGGAGAGUCUGAAGGAGCCCUGGAAGAACUGAGACGGUCCGUCAGGAGGGAGAGGGAGAUCCAGCAGCACACGCUCAGGGAAGAUAGUGAGGCUACGCUCGCCGAGUUACGCAUCGCUCUGGAGCAAGAGCGAGCAGCCGCCCGUGACAGGCUGGAGCAGCAACAGAAGCAGGACUUGGAGCGUCUGAAAGCAGAGUCGGAGGAGGAGCUCCGGGCUGAGAAGAGCAGAUUCCAGAGGGAGCGGGAGGAACAACUCAACUCUCUUAAACAGGAGGUCAGAAGCACGGAGAGGAGGAGGGAGCUGAUGAUGAGUCCACGACCUGAAAAGCAGCUGGCAGAGUACCACCGCGAGCUGACGGAUGUUCUCCAGGAAGUGAGAGACGAAGUGCAACGUGACCACGAGAGGAAGCUGGAGCAGCUUAGGGACGACCACAGGAGGGAGACGAACAACAUCAGAGAGAAAUACUUAGAUGAGGAGACGGCCUUGAGGGAGAGCCUGCUCUCCACCCUGCAGGAGGACAAAGAGCGUCUCCGGGCCUCCAACGCUGUUCAGCUAGAGAAGCUCCGCUUGCAGCUUGACACACGGAUACAAAAGACUCAGCUGGUGCAUUCAUGCAAGGAGUCAGAACUGACGGAGCUGUCGGAUCGGUUGGCGCUGAGAGAGAAAGAGCUGAAAAGCCAGGAGGCCAUGCUACAGACCAAGGCAGCAGAUCUGAAGAGGAAGAGGAAAAAGCUCGGAGAGGAGGAGGAAGAGGUGGACAGACAUCUAAAGGCGUUGCCGCGCCUGAUGCAGGAGAGGGACCAGCUGAAGGAGGAGCUGCAGAGGAUGAGAGAGCAGAUGGCCGAGGCCAGAGAACUCAUCCACAGGGCCAGGGAGGAGAGAGACGAGGCCAAGGAGGAGAGGGAGAGGCUGAGGGAGGACAGAGACAAAGCCAGGCAGGAGAGCAGGAGCGCCAGGGAGGACAAGGAGCGGCUGGAGAGCAAGGUGGCCCUGCUGCAGGAGAGAUGCGUCCGCCUCGGCGCCAGAGUCAGGGAGUUGGAACAAGCCGGAGCAGACGGCACGUCCCUCAAAAGGGAGCAAAACAAAAAGGAGGAAGAGAAGGCACCGACGCCUCCCAGUGGCGAGAUAAACUCACCGCUGCACGUGGACGACCUGGAGCCUCCUCUCUCCCCGGCACCAGACAGCCACAGCAGCAUGGACGAGUUCCGGCGGUACAUCUCCUCUCACGGCGUCUCCAUCCAGAAGACCAAAAGGUUCCUGGAGAGGGAGAGCAGCCGGCUGCUGGAGAGGCAGGCGGCUCUGCGGGCAGCUCAGACCAGCUCGUCCCAGGUCCACAAUCACGCAGGAGGGGCCGAGGAGCUGAUACGAUCCCUUCAGCAGGAGGCCAGAGAUGUGGCAGAACUCCAGCGGACAGUCCAGAGAGGAACCACGCUGCUGCAGAGGAAAGAGGAGCAGCUUCAGCAGCUGGAGAACUCCGUGGUUGAAAAGGUAGCAUUUGAGGAUUUCUCUCGGCUGGCAGCAGAGAGGAAGGUGACCUUCGACGUGACCGAGUCGGACCUCAGCAGUAACGUGGAGCCUCCAGAUGAGACAGCAGGUCAGGCCGCUGUUCCAGCCAAAGUGCAGGAGUUAGCGGAGUCUCUCCAGCAGAUCUCAGGCCAGCUCAACAGCGUCCUGGGGGCGCUGGGUUCUCUCGCCCAGGGGUCUCUGGCUCCCGCCUCCGUAUCGUUCCCCCCCCAGAUGCACUUCCAGCCGCCACCUCCUCCCGCGAGGCUCUCCGAGCCGCUCUGGGCUUGGAGCUCUCAGAGCAGCUGUGCAGCGCCCCCUCUGUUCAGCAGCCCCAUCAGCAGCAGGCUGGGACCCCCCGAGGACCUCAUUAACGCACGCUGGAGCCAGAUAUUCCCUGGAACGACUAUGGACUCUGUCGGGCCCGGCACCACCAGGCCCAGCUCGGCUUACCCAUCAUCAUACACUCCUAUCAGCGAGCACACCCGCAGCCUGAUGUCCAUGCAGAAGUCGGUGGAGGUGGACGGCCAGAGGCUGCAGGGGCUCAUAGACGGCAACAAGAGGUGGCUGGAGAGGCGCAAAAAGGACUCCAGCAUACCCCUGUUCACUCGUUAUCAGGCUCCUGCCUCCAAGAGCAGCUUGGUCCAGCUGGGCCUGGACGAUAACAACCAGAUCAGAGUCUACCACUACUGAGGACCUGGCACACAACUUCUUCAUUUAUGCCACUGAUUCUGUGAUGCACUUAUGUUUUUGGUAAAUAGUUCUGCACAUUUAGGCAGAGAAGGAUGUUAUGAUCAGUAUUAUGAACUGAAGGGGAGGGCCAAUCCAGGUUUUAAAUGUUUUUCUUCCUCAACGUUUACACAGCAGCAGCAACACUAGCAUUUUUGGGAGGAUAUAUUUGUGUAAGUUAUACCGUACUGUAUUUUUCUAUUAAAUU